GUCAUGGAUCCAACGUGCUUUUCUGAGAGCAUUUAUAACCUCAUACCCAGUGACACGAAGGAGCCUCCCCAGCCUCCUAGGUACACGUCCAUUUUUAAGACAUCCGUGAAAGAUGACGUGCAAAAAGUUAAAGCUGCAAUGAAAACUAUGGGACCAGCAAAAGUUGAACUGCCUUCUCCAACGGAUUUCCUAAAGAAGCGUUCCAAGGAAAAGUCUCUACCACCCAAAAAGAAGUUUGAGUGGAAUGAGCCCAGGAAGCCUCCGGUGCCGCUGCGGGGCGAGCAUCCUGUCAUGGGAAUACAGAGCUCCAAAAACUUCAUAAAUACCAAUGCAGCGGAUGUCAUCAUGGGAGUUGCCAAAAAGCCGAAACCAAUUUACGUGGACAAACGAACAGGUGACAAGCAUGAUCUUGACUCUUCGGGAUUAGUUCCACAGUUCAUCAAUAAAAAGGAUUAUGGAGCGACCCCUGAAUAUAUAUGUAAGCGAAACCAGGAAGUAAAGAAAGCCCAAGAAGAAUACGACAACUAUGUGCAGGAGAACCUUCGAAAGGCAGCCAUGAAGAGGCUCUCUGAUGAAGAACGGGAGGCAGUUCUGCAGGGGCUGAAACAGAACUGGGGAAAGGUGCACCGAGAGUUCCAGUCCCUCUCCGUGUUCAUCGAUUCCAUCCCGAAGAAGAUCCGGAAGCAGAAGCUGGAAGAAGAAAUGAAGCAGCUGGAACAUGACAUUGGCAUCAUUGAGAAGCACAAAAUUAUUUACAUUGCUAAUAAGUAGUAGUAGAUUGUUAAGGAAUAACCAUUUGGGUGUAGAAAGAUGAGCCACAAUGGAGUGAACAUUUUGUUAAUCCUAGGAAGGGUAGAAGCUGUCUUAAAAAAUCAUCAACAGGUAUAGGUGCUAUUUAAAGGAUAAUGUGAAUUUUUUUCACUUUUACAUACAGAGAGUUGUUGCUGGUUUUUGUUUGU